ACCGCCUCUGUGGACAAAAGUUUGUAUCAGUAAAAUAUCGCUAGAUUUAGAGUAAUUUAGUGAUUAAAAGUCGUCUAAUAGAACUGCAAACCAAUCCGCUUCCUACCGUCAUGGACCAAAACAUGGACAUCAAUGCCUUCGAGGGCCGCAUCGUGAAGAUGGAGGUGGACUACACUGCCACUUGUGACGAAAAGAUCCCCCUGUGCAAGGAGAUGGCCAAGAACGAGAACAAAUUCAAUGAAGCUCUGGAAAUCCUGCUACAGCUGGAGAAGCAAACCCGAAUCGGUGCCGAUAUGGUUUCCAGCUCACGGGUACUGAUUGCCAUCGUGCAGAUUUGCUUCGAAGCUGGCAACUGGAACUACUUGAAUGAAUAUAUCACGAUAUUGGUCAAGAGGCGAUCGCAGUCGAAACAAGCGGUGGCCAAGAUGGUCCAGGAGUGCUGUACGUAUGUGGAUAAGACUCCGGAUAAGGAGACCAAGCUGAAGCUGAUCGAUACGCUGCGCACGGUGACGGAGGGUAAAAUCUACGUCGAAGUGGAGCGGGCCCGGCUUACGAAAAUGUUGGCCGAUAUCAAGGAAGCCGAUGGCGAUGUGACGGGAGCGGCUUCCAUCAUGGAGGAACUGCAGGUUGAGACGUACGGUUCGAUGGACAAGCGGGAGAAAGUCGAACUGAUUCUCGAACAGAUGAGGCUGUGCCUGGCGAAGCAGGACUUUGUCCGCACACAGAUUAUUGCCAAGAAGAUUAGUAUCAAAUUUUUCAACGAUGCCGCACAGCAGGAUCUGAAGCUGAAGUAUUACGAUUUGAUGAUUCGCUUGGAUCAGGAUUCGUCCUUCAUCAAGACCUCGCGGCAUUAUCUGGCUGUGGUGGAUUCGGAGCUGAUCGUGCAGGACGCCGAAAAGCGCCAGAAGAUGAUGGUCUACGCGGUGCUGUACUGCAUUUUGUCCCCGUACGACAACGAGCAGGUUGAUAUGAUGCACAAUCUGUCCAAGAAUAAGUUACUGGAGGAAUUGCCCGUGUACAAGGAACUGCUGCGCCUGUUCAUGUGCAAGGAGCUGAUCAACUUCGAUGCCCUGUGCACCGUAUAUGGUGCCGAGCUGAACACAUUGGACAUCUUCAACCAGGAAACCACCCACGGCAAAAAGUGCUGGACCGAGCUGAAAAACCGCCUGAUCGAGCACAACGUGCGCAUCAUCUCCAACUACUACACCCGAAUCAAUCUGAAGCGCAUGGCCGAACUGCUGGAUCUGAGCAAGGGCGAAUGCGAGGAAUAUCUCUCCCGGAUGGUGAAUGCCAGCACGUUGACGGUGAAGACGGACCGUCCGGCCGGAAUCAUCCACUUCUCGUCCAAGAAGGCCGCUUCGGAGAUCCUCAACGAUUGGGCCUUUGGACUGAACGAACUGAUGAAUCUGGUGAACAAGACCUGCCACCUGAUCAACAAGGAAGAGUGCAUCAACAACGUAAUGCCGGCCCCGAGUGUCACGAACGUGUCGUCGUCGUAAAGAAAAGAGAUCGUUCGAAAUUUACAUUUGUAUUAGGAUUAACAGGAACUGUUGUACUGCAUUGUACAUUAAUUUGAGUAAUAAAAUCUACUAGAUGUCA